CCGCUCCAGUUCAAUCGAGGCUUUCCGAGCGGCUGAAAUGCACAAUGGACGCGUUGAUUUGGUGACAUUCCGAGCGGAGGCUUAGCGAGACAAAGGCGCAGCGGAGGCGGAACGGCAACGCCGGGGAAAUUGCAAGCCUACAAACUUCUUUUCGUCAGUAGUGUAACGGUGGGAAAGAGACUCAUUCAAGAGGAUGAGUGAACUGGAACAGUUGCGGCAGGAGGCAGAACAACUUCGGAAUCAAAUCAGAGAUGCCAGAAAAGCUUGUAGUGACACCACUCUUGCUCAGAUCACCACAAGUCUUGACUCAGUGGGCCGAAUUCAGAUGCGCACCAGACGUACCCUGAGAGGCCAUUUAGCUAAAAUAUAUGCCAUGCACUGGGGAUCUGAUUCAAGGCUACUAGUCAGCGCUUCUCAAGAUGGAAAAUUAAUUAUUUGGGAUAGUUAUACAACAAAUAAGAUGCAUGCCAUUCCUUUGAGAUCUUCCUGGGUAAUGACCUGUGCGUAUGCACCAUCGGGAAACUACGUUGCUUGUGGUGGAUUGGACAACAUUUGCUCUAUAUACAACUUGAAGACAAGAGAGGGCAACGUACGAGUGAGCAGAGAGCUACCCGGCCACACUGGGUACUUGUCUUGUUGUCGCUUUCUGGACGACAACCAGAUCGUCACAAGCUCAGGAGAUACCACCUGUGCUCUGUGGGACAUUGAAACCGGCCAGCAGACGACUGCUUUUACUGGCCAUACUGGUGAUGUAAUGAGUCUUUCUCUGAGUCCAGAUAUGAGCACUUUUGUUUCGGGGGCCUGUGAUGCUUCCUCCAAGCUCUGGGAUAUCCGAGAUGGAAUGUGCCGGCAGUCUUUCACGGGGCAUGUGUCUGACAUCAAUGCUGUGUGUUUUUUCCCCAAUGGCCACGCAUUUGCCACUGGCUCGGAUGAUGCCACCUGUCGACUGUUUGACCUGCGAGCAGACCAGGAGCUCAUGAUGUACUCGCAUGACAACAUUAUCUGUGGGAUCACAUCAGUAGCAUUCUCAAAGAGCGGCCGCCUCUUGUUGGCCGGGUAUGAUGACUUCAACUGCAAUGUUUGGGACACCCUUAAGGGAGAACGAGCAGGUGUUCUUGCUGGGCACGACAACCGAGUCAGCUGCUUAGGAGUCACUGAUGAUGGCAUGGCUGUAGCUACAGGGUCUUGGGACAGUUUUCUCAGAAUCUGGAAUUAAUUUGUCAACUGAAACACACAGACACGCACACCUUUCUCCACUGAGAUCUGGAGAGAUCAAUGCUGCAGCCUAUUGCUGUGAAAUAACAUUUCUACCUUGUAUUUACAGGUGAAGUUUUUCUACUCACUGAUUAUUGCAUAAAUAGGCUUUCUGUAAAUGACGUUUAAAAACAAAAUCAAAUGAAGAAAUGGUGGGUGGGAGAAAUCAGUGACUUUUUUUUAAGAGAAAGUGUGUGGCGGCGGGGGGGGCGGGGGGGAGCACAUAUAUUAAUGGUGAUUGAAGCUAAAAGAGCCGAGUCCGUCUUGUGUUUGGUCGUUUGGCUACAUUUGUCCUGGAGGGAUUUCUGCUUGUGCCCACGUCCUGCUAAUCUUGUACCCUUUUUUGUACAUAACUGAAUAUACACAUAGCAGCCAAUCAUGUAACAUUUUGUCUGUAAGUAAAGAAACAAUGCAUUUUUUAAAAGAACCUGCAUUUAUAUAGCUCUGCAUUUAAUCUGAGAUGUCUCCUCUUCCUCCUGAGUUCUGCAACGGAUCAACUAGAUUACUGUUUUAAAACGUGGAAUUUUUGUUGUUGUUUUCUAAUUUUUGGUGAAUUUAUUGUAGAUAAAGUGUGAAGUCAAUCUGUUUGUGGUUUCUAUACCAGAAGGUGUUUGAAUUACUGCUUGAUUUGUGUUUGGGUUUCCCCCCCCCCCUUUUUCUUAAAAAGGCUCCAGUGACUUCUGGCAAAGCCUAGCGCCUUACUUGCUUGUUGAACUAUUUAUUGAAAGGUGGGGCUUGAUCCCUUAUUGCCAGUCAAUUCUAGUGGAUCCAUUGGCAACCAGGGACUGCAAAGCACCAAGGAGAAACAAAUCAUUGGAUGCACCUUUCAAAAAUAAGAAUCAAAACAUUUUUGGUAGCCAGUAUAUGAGCUUCCUUUCAGCAGUCUCUUGCCAUGACUUGACCUGGAAGUUGAGGAUCAGGAGGUGUGGUUGCCAGAUGGAUGAGCCAAGCUUGAUGGGUUCUUUGUUAAAAUGCGAUAUCUGUAACUGAGAAGCUUCUGACACAUAAAAAAACUUUACCUUUUCUGCGCUGGUGAACCUGUUUCAGACUUCUCUGAGGAACUUCUCCACCGCAGAAUAAGUUUCUGUAUGCGCGGAGAAAUGUUAAAAAUUUAGGAUGUGUUCAGAUGUUUGGUUCUCCCACUGCCACAUCCCUUGUGAAUUCUGUGGUGGUCCAAUUUUGGGAGGAGCACACCCGGCCCCUUAGCAUUUGAUUUGGCUCUUAGAACUUCUCUUCCGCUUACCCUUGUCUGCCACUACAGGAAAUGCCAAAAGUUCAUUGUAAGACCUCUGAGUUACGCAAAGGUCUCCCAGACAUUCCACGGCAGAACAAAGUUGCCUUUAUUUGUACGUGACAGAGUAAUUGUACCAUGGCACAGCAUUAGCUAGGGAAUCCAGCUCCUUCCCAUCCUUCCCCCUUUCUCCUCUCUCUAGAAUGUCGUGUCCCAGUUUUUAAGUUACUGGUUGUUACGACCUGGGUCUGAAUUUUGCCUUGGGAACCAGGUGCUCUGCGCAGGCGUUACAGUGAGACAGCCUCUGCACCUUGAAUCCCCAGCUUCUCCCAAGAUUUCUGCAUGAAACGGUUUCACAGAUAUUUGAGGUAUUGUUGAUUAGAAACAACUUUAAAAAAAAUCAAUCCAAAUUUUUUGGUGCUGCUAAAAAUGUGCCUAUACUUGUAGCAGGCAUUAAAAUGAAUCACACUUAUGGAAGUAUAAGCGUUGGGGGAGGAAAAUCAGUACUCGGUGCCCUCUUGCUGAUGGGCAAGCAGAGGCUGAAAGUGGGAAAUAUGACACCUCCCUCCACAAGUGUUUGGGCAGAAAAAGGGAGCUGUUAGCGUAUCCCCACAUCUUUUAACAAGCACCAGGAUUUGUCUGUUUAUAAUCAAGCAAAACAGAUUUGUUGGUGAGUCACCUGUUUUGUCAAGUUUCUGCCAAAUGUUAUCCCUCAUUUCAGCCUUUCCAAUUUGCCCACAUUUACAAUGGGGGUGGGGUGGGGUGGGGUGGAAAGCCUCCAUUUAUGUGCCAAGUGUUACGGAUUUAGCAGAAACCACCCUGACCUGGAUAGCCUGAUCUUGUCAGGUCUCAGACAGGGUUAGCCUUGGUUAGUAAUUGGACGGAAGACCUCCAAAGAAGACCAGGGUUGCUGUGCAGAGGCAGGCAAUGGCAAACCACCUCUGUAACUUAUGGAAGUGUGCUCUGGCAAAAAAGAGAUUUUAAAAAGAUUAUUCCAUGUGCAGGACCAAAUUUUGCGAGGAUGUAGCUGUGUUUUUCACAUGUUGUAUUUAGAUGGAUGAGAAGAUACAGCAGCUAGGCAAAGGGUUUCUGCUUGUAUUGAUCUUGUUUUUUCUUCACUUCAAACCUAUAUAAGAACAGCUGUGGGGGAUCAGACCCAAUGGGACAUCCAUUCCAGCAUCCUGUUUCACAUAGUGACCAACCCGAUGCCCCCAGAAGUUCUCCCUGUUGCUAUAUUGCUAUUUGAAAGGCUGCUGUCUCAUUCUGGCUAAUAGCCAUUGGUGGACCUGUCGUCCAUGAGUUUAUCUCUCCCCCACCCCCCCCAAAGCCCCAGUCAGAUUCUGGACUUUGUGAGAACCACUUUAUAUAUGUGUUUGUGUACAAAAAAAGCCCAAGUCUUUAGUCUUUGUAUUAAAAAGAAAGCCUAGAAACACACAGCCACCUUUGAAGUGACAUUAGCUGGCUGUACACUGGUAAGAAAGAACGUGACCUUUGCGCAAAGAAUUCUACACGGUUCUCUUUACUAGCAGCAUAAUAGCAACAAAAAAGACCUUUCAGAUGGAGGAAGGGGAAUUUCAACAAACCAAGCAAGCCUUCAGACGUUUGGUGGGCUUUUAAAAUGUGCCAUUUAUUCUGCCAGCAGGUUUAUGCGAGUUCAUAGGGUAACAUUUUGCACCUAAGGGUUGGCUCCUGCAGUGAAUCUCACUGGGGACCUAUGGAAAUAAGUUGAAUGGAACGUGCUGUUCCUGGGGUUUGCUCUCAUGUGAGACUUACAAGUUUAACCUGCCCUACUUUCAAGGCUCUCAGAGUGGCACGCGUGAUUUUCCUCACAGCAGCCCUAUGAGGUAGGCUAGGUUGAGAGUGAGUGAGUGAUUGAUUGGCCCACGGUCUCCCAUCGAGCUUCACGGCUGAGUGUCGUGUAGACAUGAACCUCGGCUCCCCAGUUCCGGUUCAGCUGCUGUAACCUCUACUCCACACGGGUCCAUAAUCACUUUGGCUUGGUCUGGCUCUUAAAGAAUGUUCUGAGCAUGGAUCCAUGGAUGAGUUUUAACUCAUCCAUGCAUGGAUACUUUUGGAUGUCCACAUCAGACAGUCGCUCUAGGAACCACCCUGCGUGAAUAGAAACUCAGUUUGAAAUGUCCUUUCCAGAAAGUUGAAUUUAAUGCCUUCUCUAAUCUUGAUUUUAACAUAUGCACUGUAUUGUUGGUUUUUAAUGCCAUAAAUCCCAGGGUCCUGGUGUUACUUUUCACUGUGUAUGUGUGCCUCCCACGUGCCUGUAGAUAACCACACAUCUGUAGAGACUGGUUGGUCAGUUUGAAUGUACGUAGCUUUUUGGAGAACCACCACCCUUGUACAAAACGUGUUAGCAGUUGCCUCUUUGGAAUUCUCAUUCUACAAUGAAUUAAGGUAAAUCACAGCUGAAAGUCUGAAUUAGGUGUGCCUACUUUCUUAACUUCAGGACAGGUACUCUUCAUGCCUCUGCUGAAACUAUUUCCCAGUAUUUUAAAUGGAGGUCAAAUAACAGAACUCAGUGGUUGGCAGUUUUAGCUGGUUUUGUUUUGUUGGCUGCUAAUCCUGUUGAACAGGUCACUACGGUUCUAGUGUUGUCUUGGUCGCCUUGGACCUGUUCAGUGCAAGCUUCAUUGGCAUAAGGAGUCUUGCAUGUGUGUCUGGUAGAGCAUACAACAGCACAGCUGCCUUCUUGGGACCUCCCGUGAGCUUUAAUGGGGCUUGUUGAGAGGCAGAAUGCUUUCUGAUAGGGAAUUAUUCUGAUAGUAUUGUAGUGGAUUUCCAAGCAGGAGGUUAUUUAUAUCGUUCAACUGUCCAGAAGUUAUUGCUACACUAAUACUGGAACAUCCUUGUUUCCAAUAACACAAAUAAUGCAAGAUUCGAGUUCAGUAGUGUUUGAUUUUCAGGAGGCAGCUGAUCACAGUUUAUUUAGGACUGCAUUUUGAUUUAGUUUUUCUUUUUACUGGCGGUCUUAAAACUGUGAUUUUAAAUUUUGGUUUUAUUAUUGUAGUUUUCACAUUGUAAGCCACCUUGAGUGCCAUAAAGUAGAAAGGCGGCUAAUAAUUAUUUUUCAUUAAUUAAAGACCGACAGGAUUUCCAGAUUAUAAGCUUUCGAGAGUCAAAGCUCCCUUCGUCAGAUACCCCUGAAUUGAUGUUGGUCUUUUAAGGUGCUCCUAGGCUCGAAUCUUGCUCUUCUAUUGCAGACCAACCCAGCUGCCCACCUAAAACAAAUAAUGCAGGAAGCUUGAGAACUUACCACCACCUUUGGGCUCAGAUGAUUGAGAUAACUCUGCCAAAUGCGUGGCUUGAGAAGUGCCAAUCUUUGCCGUUUUUCCCUAGACCACUUUAUUUAAUCAGCUGAACCUGGAGUUAAGAAGUCAGUGGAGAUACGCGCCUCACUCUUGUGCAGGUUUUGGAGUAAAGCUGAGCUGUUUGCUGGGAUCCUGAUGGUUAACUCUGUUGGUCCCUGGAGAAUUCCUUUGGUUGCUUUUCUCUGUGUUCUUGGUGGUUUGAGGGCUCAUCAAUACAUUACUCACCAUGGGGAUCCUUGUGGAGUGUUGUGUAAUGACCAGCCAUUGUUUAGUAGAAUUCACUGUAUGAACUGGAGCCACCACUUGAGUUUUUAUGCUUGAUGUUGAGAAUGGGAUGGAGAAGCUUCUUGUUGGCAGGCAGCCUCCAGCAGGCAAAACUCGUUGCUCAGUGGCUUCAGGGAAAGGGAUGUGACCAGGAGGCAGGGAAGGAAACAUGCUGUGAUGAUGCUGGUCAAUGCUGAGUAUUGGACAGAGCACUUACUGAAGGUAAAUCGUAGCCAGAGCCUGGGUCAGGUGUGUGUGCUUCGUUUAGCCUCCUGGCCAGGUUCUUUUGUCGAUCCUGGACUGGUUAAUAUGACUUUUUAAUCUGUGUUAUGAUGAAUUUAAUGGAGGUAGAUUUUUACCAAAUGGGAAGCCGUCCAACAUCUGCUCGUGUCUUCAAAUUGCGUCUUGAACAGUUUCACUAACAUUUUGAAAGUGCGGUUAAGUGAGGAGUGGACAAGCCCGAAUAGUGAAGCUGUCUCAAGGGUUUUCUCUUCCCUGUGCCAGGAGAAAGCUGGAAAGCAUUGUGUAAGAUGUCCCCUCCUGAUGAAAGUAUCCGUAGCAGGAUUUCCCGUUUGUAUAUCCCAAACUGAGCUUGACCAGCUUUUUCUCUGAGGAGAGGAUCCUGCCCCUGGACUGGCAAAGAAGCAUCUUUCCCGAAGGCACUUACUGUAAUUCACAGAACUGAAAUAACUCACGGUUCUGUUUUUGAAGCCAUUUGUCCCAUGGCCAAGGUCCAUGUUUGGUUUACCAUAUAGUUGGAACAUUCCCUGUGAGUGUGUGUGUGUGUGUGAGUGGACUCCUUCUUUCUCCCUCACUUCCCACCAGGCUUUGUGUUUGUGUUUUUCAGAAUUCAGUGUGACUAGGUAUUGGCAGAUAAUUCCAGUUGUUGCCUUCAAGUUAAUUGUGUAUUUGAGUGACUCUGGAUAGCAUAUCCUGUAGAAACAACGAAGCCUGGAUUGGUGGUGCCCCAGAAUGGAAAAAAAAAAAGACAGGUUAAAUGUGUGAACUUAAAAACAUCCCGUGUGGCAGCUCUGAUCGCAAGAGGUAGUUGGUCUGCACGUUUCAGCUAUUUCUCCUUGAGUCUGGCCACCCCACCCUACCUCUUGCUGCGUCCUGGUUGUGCUCCUGCUCACUGUGCGGCUGGAGCCUGCAGAAGAGCAGCUGCUUCUGUAGAUGAGGCCCAAAGCCCCGCAGGCGCACUGGGGUCUCAUUCUCAUCGCAGCCCCUGUGGCUCUUCAGCUGCCCUACAUGGCAUUCAGUGCCCUGCAAAGUAUUUUGUGUAUGCGCAGAAGCACCAUAAACACAUGCACAGCCCAGGGCUCUUUGGAUCCCAGCCACAGUCAGAAAUGCCAUGUGGCUGUUUCUCACCUUGCAAGUUGGGGCUCUGUGCUUACCCUCCGACCUUAAUCUGGCAUGCAUGCUGCCCAAGUGACUUCUUCCACAUUUGAGGCACCGUGAGCCUUUGUGUCCCCCUUCCCCUUUUUUAAACAAGCCAAUUGCUGGUUGUGUAAAAAUACAUGCAAGACUGUUAAAUGCGCAGUGAUGUUAUGGUGAGUAUGUGAACAGUGUUACUAAUGACUUAAAAUGACAAGAUUUUUUAAAAUGUGCCUGACUUCCUUGUAUCACGUUUUGAUUUUUUUUUUUUUACUAAUAUGGGCAUCUUAGAUAUUUCUAGUCUUUGUUCUUAUGACACAAUGGUGCUCUCUUUGUUCCCUCUUGCCGCGAUGCGUCCAGAACAUGCGAGUUGCUGCAUAAUCACCCAAAGGAACUGUGUCUCGUUGUUUCAGAAGUGGACGGUCUUUAUUUUGCUCUUAACUAACGAGCCUUCCGCAUACCAGAAUGCUUUUUCCUUUUCCGUUCUUGCCAACUUCUUUCAAGGAAAAUCUAAAACAUGACCGGGUACCAAUUUGUUCUGCACUGCCUUUUGGAUUGUGUAUUCUGAAAAGUCUUAAAAUCCUUUAAAAUUUUUAACCUAUAAUUAAAAUAGAGAGAGAGAGAACGCAGGGGACUUGUGUGCCAUUUGUUCUUUAACAGUGCUUGUUGUAUAAAGACUUCCCUGUGGAAAAAAAAUCACUUGCUAUGAACUGUUUAUAGUUCCCUUCACCCUCCCCAUGAAUCUUUCCUUUGUAUUUGUACAGUGGCUCAGUGAAAGAUGUUGCCCUGACUUGACAUUGUAACCAAUAAACAACUGCUUUUAACUAG